AUGUCCAGGCUCAGAACCUCUAGAGCAGGCCACUGGGCCGACAAGCUUGCCGUUGACAAUGAAGACGGGCUGACGACGGCCCAGUUAAUGUUGACAAAUUAUGACCUCAAACCCGUCGAGCCCGAGCGGCGACAGUGGGGCGCAUGGAACUUUGUCGGCUUCUGGAUCGCCGACUCGUUCAACAUCAACACGUGGAUGAUCUCGUCGUCCAUGAUCGUCGCCGGCCUGUCGUGGUGGCAGAGCUGGCUGUGCGUCUGGAUCGGCUACGCCAUUGCCGCCUGCUUCAUCUGCGCGACGGGCCGCAUCGGCGCCACGUACCAUAUUGGUUUUCCCGUCGUCAACCGGGCCUCCUUUGGCAUCUGGGGCAGCUUGUGGCCCGUGUUCAACCGUGCUGCCAUGGCCUGUGUCUGGUACGGCGUGCAGUCGUGGAUUGGUGGACGCUGCGUGUAUCUCAUGAUCCGAUCGAUAUGGCUCAGCUGGGAUCGUGAAAGAAUCCCAAACACAUUUGCCGAGGACUCUGGUGCCACCACGGCCGACUACGUCUCGUUCUUCCUCUUCUGGCUCUGCUCGCUCCCGGCCAUUUGGUUCCCCGUCCACAAGAUCCGCCACCUAUUCACCGUCAAGGCCUACUUUGUACCAUGUGCUGGCAUUGCUUUCUUCAUCUGGGCAAUCGUGCGUGCCGGCGGUAUCGGACCCAUUGUUCACCAGCCCUCCUCGCUAACUGGCUCUGAUCUGGGAUGGGAGAUUGUCAAGGGCAUCAUGAGCUCCAUUGCCAAUUUUGCGACUCUGAUUGUCAAUGACCCCGACUUUACUCGUUUCGCCACCAAGCCAAAGGACGCGUUCUGGUCGCAGUUCUUUACCAUUCCCACGGGCUUUGCCGUGACGAGCUUCAUCGGCAUCAUUGUCUCGUCGUCGUCGGUCGUCAUCUACCCGGGCACCGAGCCCAUCUGGGACCCGCUGGACCUGCUCGAGAACUUUAUCAACGACGGCGGCUCGGCGCAGCGCUUUGGCGUCUUUGUCAUUGCCACGGCUUUCGCCCUCGCCCAGCUCGGCACCAACAUCGCCGCCAACUCGGUCUCGGCCGGAACCGACAUGACGGCCCUGCUGCCGCGCUUCCUCAACAUCCGCCGCGGCGGCUACGUCUGCGCCGUCGUCGGCCUCGCCAUGUGCCCCUACACCCUGCUGACCACGAGCAACCAGUUCACCACGUACCUGAGCGCCUACUCCGUGUUCCUGUCCUCCAUUGCCGGCGUCAUGAUCUCCGACUACUACUUUGUCCGCAAGGGCUUUCUCGACAUCAAGGAGCUCUACGACGCGCGCAAGACGGGCCCCUACUACUACACGUACGGUGUGCACUGGCGCGCCUAUGCCGCCUACAUUAGCGGUAUCCUCAUCAACGUGGUCGGUUUCGCGGGCGCUAUUGGCCGCGACGUGCCCGCCGGCGCCACCUACAUUUACAACCUCAACUUCUUUUGCGGCUUCAUUAUCUCGUCGGGCAUGUACUGGGGCCUGUGCAAGAUUUGGCCCGUCCCCGCCACCAGCGACAAGUGGAUGGAGGUUGGUGAUGAGAUUACCGACAUUAGCCUGGCGUACGACGGGCGGAGUGGUCAGGAAUUUGACGAGGAAGCCGUCAUGGGCACCAAGUACGGCGAGGACCACAAGACUGCAUGA